AUGAUAGCAGCUACUGAAACAAGUGCAGAUGAAACGUCCGAAGCGUCUAUCUUUGCCGGAGAGCCAUUUAAAUGUCGAUUAAGCUUUUAUGGGCGCGGACAAAAUGCAAGUGCACCAACACUUGUUACUAGUAAAACUAAUUUACACAAAGGUGAUCUAUUUGUCAUUAAUUUAAAUGAAGAGGGCACACAAAAACUUGUUUUGCAAGUGGAUGAAGAGCGCGUUGCUGCAGCAGCCCCUCCAGAAAUUUUUAUCGAUGAAGCAAUUAAGCGAACUUUUUCUGUGACAACUUUUAUGAGAAAUCUUCAUACAAUGCAACAAGUAGCAAACAAAGAGAAAUUUGCUUUGUAUCUGGUCGAAUUGCAAGUUAAAGAACAAUAUCUAAGUCGCGGUGAUAUGUGGCGGUUUUCUCGUAAACUAAUUAAUACAAAUGUCUACUUGAAAAAGCCACUUGAUAUGUUCGGCAUGCGUGCUACGGUUUACGGCCUAUGGAUAGACAAAGCACCAUACCGCGUCUCGUCUGGCUAUUUAUCAAAGAAUACAAAAAUUGUUUUUCGUUCAUUGAGUGCUUGUUGUACAAUAUUUUUACAAAUGUCCAAAGAAAUGUGGAAUUUCGAUCAUCACGGUGAUACUUUUUAUGAGAAAGCUGUUGAUGGCUUUCUUGCUGAUUUAUUUACUCGGUGGAAGUUGAUGAGUUGUCAACAUGAUGUAACAAUGACUUUAUUUUCAAGAGUUUUCUAUGAUGCAAAAUCAUUGGAAGAUUUUCCACAAAGUUUACGUCACCAUAUUAAUAAAGAUUAUCGAGGAAGAUUUUACGAAGAUUUCUAUCGUGUUAUCUAUCAAAAUGAACGUUAUGAUGAUUGGUCACCUCGUUUAGCAACCAUAAAAAAAGUGCUUAUUAAUUACAAAGAAGAGCUUCUGACUUAUCAUAAAAAGCAGUUACCUAAAAAUGAGGCGGAUAAAUUGCCUCAUAGUUUCAUAUCAGGAGCAGCUGAUGGCAAUUUUCUUGAAACAUUGAAUUUAUCAUCGAGUGUAUUUGAACGUCAUUUUAUCGAUCAACCAUUUGAUCGUCUUGGACAAAUGUCCUUGGUUAUAACGCCCGGUACUGGUGUAUUUGAAGUUGAACGUGAAUUAACCAAUAUGACUAAGCAACGUGUAUUAGAUAAUGGAAUCGGAAGUGAUCUUGUGUGCUUAGGAGAACAGCCUUUAUUUGCUGUACCACUUUUUAAAUUUUUUAAAGAAGAUCCAAAUAUAGCUGAUGAUUAUCAAAUAGCACAUUGGAUGAAUUUAAGUUACUAUCAUCGUUCAACUGCACCAUCGUGUUUUCCAAGUUAUAUUCCACGUUUACAAUUCGAUAAAACUCGCAUAAAACAUGAAAUGUUAGAUGCUAAAAAUGUUAUGAAUUCGAUCGAGGAAGAUGCAUUCUCAAAACCUUUACACAUGUCAAUGGAAGAAUACGAUGAAAAAGUAUUUCGAUCACACAAUAAAUUAUCAACAAAAGAUAGCCAUGCAGAUAAAUUAGUCAAAACUGAAAACCGAAAAGCACGGCGACGAAAUAUUACGAUGGGUCCUACAUGUGGACAAUCAAUCGAAGAAGAAGAUUCCUUUGACGAAAAAAAUGGAUUGUCAAUUGUAAAAAAUAAUAAUCAUAUCAUGCCUGAAUUUUAUGGCACACCCCGACCUUAUAAUGCAAAUAUUAAAGAUGAUCUAUCUCUUUCAACAUCACAUGCAGGAGCAUCAUCGAGUUUCAUAAAUAAUUUUCAAUAUCAAAAUACAUUGAAUUCGUCAUUCCAACUUUUAUUUUGUAAUUCUCAAAGUUUCAACCGCAUGGCGCGAAGUGCUGAGACAUAUUUUUUACAAUCAAAUAUAUUUGCUCGUAUUCAAGCACGACCCAAAGCAUUAAUAAAUCCAUAUGCACCAGCUAGUAUUCGAAUACCCAUGGCACCAGGACGGCGUCGAUGGGCGCAUACAUUUCCUAUCGGUCCAAAUAAUUUACCAUGGCACUUUCAUCAUUUACGUCAUACAGAAGGUGCAACACACGAAGCAAUGUCUACUCACAUUUCUAAAUGUGCUCAUAUGUUGCUUCCCGGUACAUCGAAAAAAGUUACCGAUGGUCUAGUAUCAAAACGACCAAAACAUCUUGUAAAAAUGUCGAGUGAUUUAUCUUUAAGACCUAAACGCGCAUACAAUUACGAAAUUCAACGUACUGCAUCUGAACGGAAAGAUAGUGGUAACGAUGAUGCUCGAUCCAGCGUCAGUGGUUCGACUAGAACAAAAUCCAGCAGUGAUGUUUCUACGAAAUCAACCAAUCCUAAAAGAGAAAAACAAGCAACAAUCAUUUGGGGACCAACCGGUGUUGAACCAUGGAGUGCAUCAAUGAUAACUGGUAUUGAUUGGAAAUCUUUGACUAUACCAGCGACUCUUCCGACAACAUUCGAUGUUGUACCGUCGGCUGAAGACUUACAACGUGAUUUUACAGAUAAUGCUUAUACGCUUAUUCAUGCUUUACUACCUCAUAUUGAAGUUGACAGAAAGAAAAAAAUCAUACCAAAUGGAAAUUUGAACAGUGAUAAAAUACUUUGUAGCGAUAAUAUGGAACGUCAAAGAAUUACAUUUGAUGAAUUAAUUGAUCAACGAUUAUCACAAGGUUUUCAAAUGAUUGUUGAAAUUCCUGGUCAUAUUCAUCAAAAAAUGAAUGAAUCAAUUCGACGUGCUGGCUAUAAAGAAACAGAAUAUAAUCGUUUACUCAGCAUCGGUAGAAUUUAUCAUACAUUAAGUCUUGUUACAGAAGAAAAUCAAUCUCAAGAUACUGUUGUUAUUUAUGUUCAACAACAUAAACCACAAAAUGUUUUUCUACCAAAAUCUGUUCAAUAUAAAUAUCGCUUUCAAUGUCCUGAUUCAUCGGAUUUCGAUCCUGCGAGUUAUGAAUUACAACUUGAAAGUUUAGAAUCAUUUUCAUGGAAUUUAGUAGAUAAUGUUGUCGGAAAUCAUGGAACCGGUGAUCACAAAUUGUCAGAUUUAGUAAAAUAUUGGCAUACACGUCUUGUUCUUAUGCCUGUGUCGAAAGAUUACACUAUAAAAAAUAUUGAAUCCGGCCAAACAAAAUGUGAUAGUCGCAAAGAAAUGUCACACGAAGAUUUUUUUCUUUAUGUUGAACAUUUUGUUCGAUUUUUAUUUAUGCUUAAUAAACUUUCACGUUCGUCUAUUGGAUCAACUGAAUGCAUACGCCGACCUCUUAACCCUAAAACAGGUAAAAAACGUACGGACCCUACGAAGCGACAAGGAAAAAAUUUAAUUCCAAUUCAAAUGUUUCAAUUAGCAAAUAUCAUGUCUGGUGAUUUAAGUGCAAUAAAUGAUCUAUUUAAUUUGUUUCAAGAUGAACAACAAGGUUUAUUAUUUGUAAAAGAUUCCGUUCUACCGGAAUAUACAUUUAUUGGAAUUGAAGCUAUUUGGUGGUCUAUUGAGCACGGUGAUGUUAUAGAAGAUGAAAAAACAGCUUUGAGUUUAUUUGAGUAUUUAUUUACUAAUCAAUAUAUUCGGCAUUGUACGCAUACAGAAAAUAGUUUUCGUUUUGGAUUUUUCCUUUACUAUAUUGUAACAGAAAAAACCAAAAAUUUUCGUCUUGAUGCAAAUGAUUAUGCUGAAGUUGAAUUUCAUCAAACGCAAUCAUACAUUCCAUCUAUGGACUAUUUAGGCUUUGGCGAAUGUAAACCCAUGCGUCUACUACCAAAAUUAAUCGAUACUCCACAAGUCAAACCUCGAAAACAAGGAUCUCCAUCAAAUGGAAUUAAUUUAUCUUCUCUAUCAAAUAUGAAAAAUAGUAAACCACAAACGCCAUCGAUUGUCCUCAAACGUGAUUGUAACGUUGAUGUAGAUCCUAAACAUAUAUCAGAUAGACGCGAAUGGGCCACAGCCCAUUAUCAUUCGUUCUACAAUCCACAUUGUUUGUUUGAACUUGAAAUACGUUGGCUUGUUGCAACAUCAUGUAUACUUGGAGAUUUAAUUACACAAUGGUCACAACGUACAGGAACAAUACUCGGAACGAAUCAAGUGGCAUUUCAUCUUGUACCGAUCCCAUGUGAUCCAUUUUCGGAACUCGAUGCACUCAGAGGUCCUAUUUAUAUCAAGAUUAAUUCUGCAUGUUUACGUGAUCAACUUGCUCGUCAUCCGGAAGCAAAGGAAGCUCAUCGAAUAGGCAUUUUCCAGGAACUCAUACUGAAACGUUAUGGAUUUAUUUUAAACGCGUGUGUUAGUCGUAACGAUGAAAAUAUUUAUUAUGUUCAUAUUAGCGGUGGUAUGUUGGUCUAUAUAAUAUCUGAUGUUUAUAAUGUUCACUGUAAUUCUCAACCAACACGUGUUAUAACAAGUGGGCUUACAGCUGAUAGCCAUUCAUCACAAUUAAAUUGUGGAUUUUAUUGGUGUUGGAAUUUUUGUUUAGGAAAAAAAUGGCGAAGUUCACAAACAGGCGAAGAAAAAUAUCAAGAUAUUAUGCUAGCAGACUUUCGGGCAUUUUGUGAUAAUGAUAACAAUCGUUUAGUUAAUUUCUGGAACGAAGUAAAUAAUAUGGCAAAUAAAAAACUUGCUGAAAAAGAACAACAAUCAAAUAGCGAGGAUUAG